AUGGAGGAAGCAGUAACCUUUAAGGAUGUGGCCGUGGACUUCACCCAGGAGGAAUGGAUGCACCUGGACUCUUCUCAGAAGGAGUUUUACAGGGAUGUAAUGCUGGAGAACUAUAGCAACCUGGCCUCCCUGGCAGGACUUGUAUUCUCCAAACCGUUUGUCAUCUCCCGGUUGGAGCGAAGGGAAGCACCAUGGAUGCUGGAGGGAGAUGUCCCAAGGAUUAGCCUUCCUGAUUGGGAAACUCAGCAAGAAUUGAAGGAGCUCACACCAAAGCUGAGUAUGUCAAUGGGACAAUCAUCCCAGGAAAUACCAGAGAGGGAUAUUCUGUUCUUUUCUUCAUUGGGAGAAUACCAAAAAUGUGGUGCCAUGCAACAGAGUCAUCUGACCAACGAAGAAAAGCAUUUCCAGCAAAUCAAAAAGACACAAAGGAAACAUCACAGUAAAUCUAGAGUCCAUGAACAAACUAGUUAUGACAGAACUCUCAAUCAAGGGCCAGUCUUCCCACAGCAGGUAGAAGAAAAGAAUCUGGGAACAUGUGACCCAUCUGGAAAGUACUUUAGACUGCAUAGAGAGAGGCCAAAAGGUAAUAGUAGAUGCUCAAAGAAAACAGCUAAACAUAAUGAAUACGGAAAAUGCAGUAAGCAUAGUUCAGCUUUUGUUGACAAUUCUGGAAGAGAUACUAUAGAGAAAAUUUUUGACUGUAGUGGAUGUGAGAAGACCUCCUCAAGGAAGCAAUAUAUGCUUCCUGAGGAAAUUCAUACUGGAGAAAAACCUGAUGAAAGUAAUGAAUGUGUGAGUACCUUUUGCGCAAGAAGUGAUAUUCCCAAGUAUCAGGACAUUCAAAAUAGUGAGAAACCUUAUCAGUGCAAUGUAUGUGAGAAGACAUUUCGACUAAAAGCUCAAGUAAAUCAACAUCAGACAAUUCAUACUGGGGAGAAGCCGUAUAAAUGUAAUGAAUGCGGAAAGGCCUUUCGACUAAAAGGUCAACUUAAUGAACAUCAGAAAAUUCAUACUGGUGAGAAACCUUACAAAUGUAAUCAAUGUGGAAAAGCCUUCUGCAGACGCUCAAAUCUUACUGAACAUCAUAGGAUUCAUACUGGUGAGAAACCUUAUAAAUGUAAUGAAUGUGGGAAAGCCUUUCAAUUAAAAGGACAUCUUAAUGAACAUCAGAAAAUUCAUAGUGGUGAGAAACCAUAUAAAUGUAAUGAAUGUGGAAAGGCCUUCUGCCAUCGUACAUACCUUACUAAACAUCAGAAGAUCCAUUCUGGGCAGAAACCUUAUGAGUGUAAUGAGUGUGGCAGGGCCUUCUGCAUGAGCACAGCUUUAACUGUACAUCAGAGAAUCCAUACUGGUGAGAAACCCUAUGAAUGUAAUAUAUGUGGGAAAGCCUUUAGAGUUAAAGCACAGCUUAAUCAACAUCAAUCAAUUCAUACUGGUGAGAAGCCAUUUGAAUGUAAUGAAUGUGGAAAGGCCUUUAGACUAAAAGGAUGGCUUACAGAACAUCAGAAAAUUCAUAGUGGUGAGAAACCUUAUCAGUGUAAUGAAUGUGGCAAGGCUUUCUGCAAACGCUCAAACCUGACUGAACAUCAGAGAAUUCAUACGGGAGACAAACCUUAUGAAUGUAUUGAAUGUCAGAAGGCUUUUAGCCAGAAACUAAAGCUUUUUCAGCAUCAGAGAAUUCACACUGGUGAGAAACCUUAUGAAUGUAAUGACUGUGGCAGGGCCUUCUGCUUGAGCACAACUCUUACUGAGCACCGGAGAAUUCACACUGGUGAGAAACCUCAUGAAUGUAUCGAAUGUGGGAAAGCUUUCCGACUAAAAGCACAGCUUAAUCAACAUCGUAGAAUUCACACUGGAGAAAAACCUUAUAAAUGUAAUCAGUGCGGGAAGGCUUUUUGUAAGCAAUCAAACCUUACUGACCAUCAGAAAAUUCAUACUGGAGAGAAACCUCAUGAAUGUAUUGAAUGUGGGAAAGCCUUUAGCCAGAAAAUAAAACUUACUCAACAUCAGACAAUUCAUACUGGUGAGAAACCUUAUGAGUGUAAUGAAUGUGGGAAAUUUUUCCGCCUGAGCACAGGACUCACUGAACACCAGAGAAUUCACACUGGUGAGAAACAUUAUGAAUGUAAUGAAUGUGGGAAGACCUUCCGCCUAAAAGCACAGCUUAAUCAACAUUGGAGAAUUCAUACUGGAGAAAAACCUUAUGAAUGUGAUGAAUGUGGAAAGGCCUUUGGACAUAGGUCAGGACUUACUCAACAUCAGAAAAUUCAUACUGGAGAAAAACCUUAUGAAUGUGAUGACUGUGGGAAGGCCUUCAGAUGGAUCACGGGACUUACUCAACAUCAGAGAAUUCAUUCUGGAGAGAAGCCUUAUGAAUGUAAAGAAUGUGGGAAGGCCUUCUACUGGAAUACAGCCCUAACUAAACAUCAGAGAAUGCAUUCUACAAAGAAACUAUACGGAUGUGAUGACUGAGAAAGCUUUACCUUAGAGCAAGAUCCUCUUCCAAAUCAGCCCUCUCUUCAUAUGUGCCCUCAAGCUUUAAUAAUAAUCUCUUUUCUUUAUAUAUACUUCUUCAUUUGGUGAU